UUUAUUAAAGCGGAUGGAGGUCAGAAUUUUUGUCAAUGGUUUUGCGAUUUUUCUGAUUGUAGUGGUGAUGACUGGAUCCAGUGAUGCCAAUGGGAGUCUCAGGUCUAGAGCAGAAGGGAAAGAAGAAAACAGUUGGAGAUUCCGGAAUGAUCCGGGAUACACCUUGAGGAAAUUCCGGAGAUUUGGAGAAAAUUUGAAAAGACACAGACCCGAGGGUAAAACCACUGUACCAAUCGGAAGAUACGGAUUCCUCAUUCCUCCCGAUGAAUCCCAGUUCUUGGAGGAGUUGGUGCUCCAGGGACGAGCAGUAGAUGACAAGGGCGGCGAAAUUUACGAGCCAAAGACGAAGAACAAGACGAGCAUUCUGAGUAUCAUAAAGAAAUUCCUCAAAAGCUUGAGAUUCCGGGGCACAACAUCCCCGAAUCCUGAAGAGAUUUCAGUGUCAGAAGACUUAUCGAAUAUAUCAGAAAGUUCCACCAUGGAUGGCCCGAUGGAAGUCAUCCUCCCAGUGUCCGGAGUCUUUUUAAAUUCCACCACAACGAAAAUUCCAGACCACGAAAGCACUGGACUCACUGUCUAUAACGAUAAGGAUUCCAAUCUGUCCUUGAACUCCACAUCGCCAGGGGAAAAUAAGGGAAUGCCUGGAGAACAUCCCCUGGAAGUUUCUGCUCCCCUCCUGUUCGGUGGGAGGCACGCAACUUUUGAUCUGGAGAUCAAAGCCAUUCCUAUAGCCAAUCGAAAAGAAAUUGUCAUCGAUGGGAGGGUCUGACUUAAUCCAAAUUGCAAUUAAUAAACAAUUUUUAUUCAUGAAUUUAUGACAA